AUGAAGGUCUCACUCGUCAGUUUAAUCGCACCUAUGGUUGCUAUACUAGCCUCUACUGUUGUUGGUGAAAACCACCAAUACUGUGCCUGUCAACAAUCAUCUGGCAGCUCUACCUUGGUGGACGGUAAUACCCGUGAAUGCUGUGCUGCUCAGGGCGGCUCCUUUCCUGUCUACGAGGAUGUAUAUAAACUAGGCGUUGAGGUCAGCUUCUCAGGCAAUUAUUGUCAUAAGACUUCCGGCGAUAUUCACGGCAAAGACUUCUACAGCUGCUGCGCUGGCAAAUCAGGGUCUAGUGAUUCUACCUGCUGGUGA